ACAGUUCCACCAAGUGAAGCUGACGGUUCUGUUUCCUUUGUCCGAGUGGAGUGACGCACAGAAAGCAAACGAGGAGCCGGAUUCCCUGGUAGCAUUUCACAUCUCCAUGGCUGGGGCUCUGGCCCGCCUCAAAGCGAGGACUGUUUUUAGGACGUAGAAGAGAGAAAUGCCAUGGGACACUCCAGCCUGAACAGCAUAAAUGCGGAAAACAAAAUGAGUUUUCAGUCGAAAUUAUUUUAGCUGUAACUCAGGAUUUUGGUGGACGGCAAGACCACCACAACCAGAAUUUGGCCGGAUGGUCCUCCGUAGCCAGAGGGAAGAUGAGUCACCAGCCCGGCAGCAGCUACCGGGUUGUAAAUGAAGAAGGGAAUAAAGUCAAGCAGCCAAACUGUUACCAAGAACAGGAUGUGAGCGAGAAGAAACAAGCAAGAAAGCGAUUACUCCACAAAGACGGCAGCUGCAAUGUGUACUUCAAGCACAUUUUCGGAGAAUGGGGGAGCUACGUGGUUGACAUUUUCACCACCCUGGUGGACACCAAGUGGCGGCAUAUGUUUGUGAUCUUCUCUCUGUCUUACAUCUUGUCCUGGCUGGUUUUCGGCUUGAUCUUCUGGAUCAUCGCCCUCCACCACGGAGACCUGCUGAACGAUCCGGAAAUCACCCCUUGCGUGGAUAACGUCCACAGCUUCACCGGGGCGUUCUUAUUUUCCCUGGAAACCCAGACGACCAUAGGGUACGGCUACCGCUGCGUGACCGAAGAAUGCUCCCUGGCCGUCGUGGUGGUCAUCCUCCAAUCCAUCUUGAGCUGCGUCAUCGACACGUUCAUCAUUGGCGCUGCUUUGGCCAAAAUGGCAACCGCCCGCAAGCGCGCCCAGACCAUCCGCUUCAGUUAUUACGCCCUGGUAGGCUUGAGGGAUGGGAAGCUCUGCCUCAUGUGGAGGAUUGGAGAUUUUCGACCGAACCAUGUAGUGGAAGGCACCGUGAGGGCUCAGCUUCUCCGCUGGGUGGAAGACAGCCAGGGGAGGAUGACGAUGGAGUACAAGGACUUGAAGCUGGUCAACGACCAGAUCAUCCUUGUGACGCCGGUGACCAUUGUGCACGAGAUCGACCACGACAGCCCGCUGUACGCUCUGGACCGCAAGGCGGUAGCCAAGGAUAGCUUUGAGAUUUUGGUAACAUUCGUUUACACCGGGGACUCCACUGGGACUUCCCAUCAGUCCCGAAGUUCCUACAUCCCCAGAGAAAUUUUAUGGGGCCACAGGUUCAAUGAUGUUUUGGAGGUGAAGAAAAAAUACUACAAGGUCAAUUGCUUGCAAUUUGACGGGAGCAAUGAGGUAUACGCUCCCUUCUGCAGUGCCAAGCAAUUAGACUGGAAGUACCAUGAGCAUCACGCCAAGAUGGAAAAGGUCUCACCCGCCAAAAGUGUCAGCCCAUUGGAAAGCAAGGUCAGGCGAAGGUCAUUUAGCGCUGUGGCCCUCAUCAGUAGCAGUGAAAAUCCCGAUGAGACACCCAAGAGCACCGCAACCACUAACGAUGAAUCCCGAGAAACAUCUCAUCAGAAGACCCUUGUGACAAACAGAAUCUCCGUCGAAUCACAAAUGUAGAUUUGAGAUGCCAUUAUCAGGGCUGUCUCGGCUCAACCAAAUUGGAAAUCAGAUCAUUAAAAAAAAAAAGUUACAAUCCGCAUUUGAUGAUCUGUAUUUUGGGUGACUGGAAGGGCCUGACUAAAUCAAGAUUCCCUCGCACCCCGAUAAUCCCCAAACCUCACUUUAAUAGUUUCAAACUUCACUCGCCGCAAACUUCUGCCAGAUUGCUAUUAAAGUCAAAAUCUUCUGAUUUUUGAUUUCAUCGGCUUUCAUCGGAGACAUUUUUGAGUAGGAGUUUCUAGCUGGUCAAAAGUUUGGCCGCUGGUUCUAUCUGUGUGGCUACGGUCCAGUGACUAUAGGCAGCUGUCUUUUGUUUUCCAAGAUGUCACAAUUGACAGUGAAAUUCUAUACAUGUAUGCAACUACAGCCCAAAAGACUGAUGUGUAAGCAAUGUUCCGAUCUACAUGGGGUACAUGAGAGGAUAUCCUAUCACGUACAGGACCUGUCUCUCUUUUCUUGGUCUCCCACUCUUUAUAUAGCCCCCACUCAAGAAGAACAACUCUUUUCUAAACAGCUACCCACCGAGACUCUUCUGCAGGGGCUUCCUAUAGUCCACUGUUACAGCAAAUUGCACUUUCGUCUUUAAAAUAUUUGUUCUCACCACCCUGCAGGUCCAUAUCUCUUCACCAAGGAGCAGGUGCUCAGCUAUCAUGCUAUAGAGCAAUGUCAUUUCCGCAGAAAAGGAUGGGAAUAUCCUUUACAGCAAAGCGUACAGUCGAUCGCUAACCACUUUAACUGCAAAUAAUGUCCUUCUUAGGACUCUGGAUAACACCUCCCCUUCCACCAUCCAAAAGAGUUGAGUUUCCAGCUGUAGCGGAUUUCGUCAUCCACAGUUACAUUGCUCCAGAAAACCAGCUGGAUGGCUUUUCAGUGAAUUUUUUUCAUAAAAACUUAAGUAAUUAUUGUACUUUGAAAAUUAAAAUAUAAUAUUGUUCAUG